AUGCCGAAAAACUCUCAAAACUCUGUUAAUAUUACUUCAAUAAUUAAUAUGCUAAGCCGUGAUCGAUUAUUCCCACCUUACUACAAAGAUCCAAAAGACUUUAUACAGAGUCAACGAGGAGAAAGACCUAAAAGACCGCAAAAUGCUUUUUUUAUAUUUCGGCGAAAUGUGAGCAAUGAAUUACGACGUGUAGGCAUCACUACGUGCAAUAUGCGUCAAACAUCGACAAUUUCUGGUUAUUUAUGGAGAGAUGCCAGUGAAGAACAAAAGUCAGCUUAUGAAGAAGUAGCGAAGCAAGUUCGAAUUUUACAUCACAGAAUGUUUCCCGAUUACGUAUAUACAAAACCUCGCGCAAAGCUAGAAUUUCGCAUACACGUACAUAAACCGAAAACAAGAAGUAAAAAUAAUUCUCACUCAGAAAUCAGAGAUAAUUUUACUUAUCGUAAUCCUGAUAUUUCGGCAACAUCCUCAAAUAGAUCCUUAGCUAUUGCGCCUACAGUUCCGUCAAACGCUCAAUAG